AUGUCACUUUUUGGUGUAGGUCUCAAAGGGGUUGCUUCGUUCGAGGUUUCGGAUGGGGGGAGGGACAAAGGGGACGACAUCAUCAUUUGUCCAGAAUCGUUGCUGAUACCUCUUUUCCUCUUUCUUCCCCUUCUCAAAGGCGUCGACGUUGAUACUGGCAACGGUGUUUGUGUCUUGUAUCGUUCAAUGGUCCUCCUCCGCCUGGGAGGAGCGCUCGCUUCAGCGUUGGGAGAGUCACGAUCCGCAAGGAAAUUAAGGCUUUGUAAUCUUGGUGUGCCCGUCGUAUCUUCUUCAUCUCUUUCCCUCUCAGGGGUGUUCCUUGUCGCCAUCGAUAGCAAAGACUCUUGCGUGCUAAUGAUUACCUCUCCACCAUCUUUUAUCUCUGGUGAUUUUGAUUCCACUGUCGCGUAUUUCUCCGCCAAAAGUACGCGGUCAUUCCAAGAUAAGGGGCCACUUGCUGUUUCCGUUCCUAGAAUAUCAAAUUCUGGCCCUCCAGGAGCACAAUCGGUGUAA